AAGGAAAGAGAUAUAGGAGCUUAAGGGGUACGAAUUAGAAGAGGUGCGCCGAUUCAUGCAGUACGUGGGAGAAAGGGGAUGCAUAUAAUGCCAUCAUUUUGCCACCAAAAUCAUGCAUUCUAAACUUCCUCUAACAACUGGAUGAUCGAUGUUGUUAAGAGAUAAAUACCGACCUCGACAAACGAUAAUUAAAUGGCUAUUAAUUAUUCACAAAUCACAGCCCUCGCACCUCUUUGGUCGACCUUUGACCUGAACCCUGCCUGGGCUCUCGAAGUAAACAUGCAUAGCGCAUGCCACGCGCGCGACGAUCGAGGAGACUACUGCUAAUCUCCACACGGCCACACCGUUCAUCAUCACUUCAAAUAGCUAUUAUUUCUUCAUUCAGGUACAUUGUAACACCCUAUUGUCAUCAUGCCUCUCCCAGCAACUGAUGAUUAUUCAGCCGGCCAGGCUUACUUCACAGCCAAGGAAUGGGCAGAGACCAGUGACUAUGAGAAACUUCGUCUCAAGAACAUCAAAGAAAAUUAUGAGAUGAUGCUUGAAGUUGGACUACAGGUCGACAGUCCCCCGGAUUUCAUGCGACCUCGUCGUGGAAGAAAGAAACGGAUCGUAGAGGAGAGUGAUAGCGAGGAUGAGGAGUGCAAGCAGAAGAAGGCCAAGAAAAAGUCAAGAGGAAACAUCUGCAUCAAGGAGGAAGGAGAAGUUGAGAAGGAGACGUGUCUUUCCAUUCCCGGUUCAGAUGGAUUGAGAUAUGAGGGUCAGCUUGUAACUCAAGACGGUCUGGUCUUCACCAUCAAACAAGAAGUUGACACAGACAUGUUUGAAUCCCUCUCAAGUACAGAAGGACAAGACCCAUCAACUGAUCAAGACAGGAGAAAGGAGAAACCCCCACCCUCCCCAAGACAAUCUAGAUACCAGAAGAGAGCAGUGAGCCGCAAGUCUUGCAAAGAAGAACAUGUUCCUGAUGAUUCUGAACUCUAUAGAUGUGGGGACUGUGGAUCACUCUAUACCACUCCUCUUAUUUUAGCAAGGCAUCUCAAGUACAAGCAUGGACACUAUGGUGUCCUCCCACAGGCAGAUGCAUCAAAGAAAGACAUUCUACAGUUUUUUAAAGGAGAAAUCAGAUGUAGUAAAUCAAGAAUUAUGCAAAACGGGAAAAAAUGUGGCAAGGCAUUUAAUCAAAUAAGUAAUCUCACAAACCAUAAACACAUCCAUACAGGUGAGAAGCCCUAUGUAUGUGAUCAGUGUGGUAAGGCAUGUAAUCAAGCUGAUGAUCUCAAGAAACAUAAGCGCAUUCAUACAGGUGAGAAGCCCUUUGUAUGUGAUCAGUGUGGUAGGGCAUUUAAUCGUGAAGAUGCUCUCACAACACAUAAACGCAUCCAUACAGGUGAGAGGCCCUAUGCAUGUGAUCAAUGUGGUAAGGCAUUUAAUGAUGCAGGUAAUCUCAGAACACAUAAACGCAUCCAUACAGGAGAGAAGCCUUAUGUAUGUGAUCAAUGUGGUAAGGCAUUUAAUCAAAUAAGUAAUCUCACAACACAUGAACGCAUCCACACAGGUGAGAAGCCCUAUGUAUGUGAUCAAUGUGGUAAGGCAUUUAAUCAUGAACCUAAUCUCAUAAAACAUAAACGCAUCCAUACAGGAGAGAAGCCUUAUGUAUGUGAUCAAUGUGGUAAGGCAUUUAAUCAAAUAAGUAAUCUCACAACACAUGAACGCAUCCACACAGGUGAGAAGCCCUAUGUAUGUGAUCAAUGUGGUAAGGCAUUUAAUCAUGAACCUAAUCUCAUAAAACAUAAACGCAUCCAUACAGGUGAGAAGCCCUUUGUAUGUGAUCAAUGUGGUAAGGCAUUUAAUCGAGAACCUAAUCUCACAAGACAUAAACGUUUCCAUACAGGUGAGAAGCCCUUUGUAUGUGAUCAAUGUGGUAAGACAUUUAAUCAAGCUAGUGAUCUCACAAAACAUAAACGCAUCCAUACAGGUGAGAAGCCCUAUGUAUGUGAUCAAUGUAGUAAGGCAUUUGAUCAAAAAAGUAACCUCACAAAACAUAAACGAAUCCAUACAGGUGAGAAGCCCCAUGUAUGUGAUCAAUGUGGCAAGGCAUUUAAUCAAGCUGGUGAUCUCACAAAACAUAAAUGCAUCCAUACAGGUGAGAAGCCCUAUGUAUGUGAUCAAUGUGGUAUGGCAUUUAAUCAAGCUCGCUAUCUCACAAAACAUAAACGCAUCCAUACAGGUGAGAAGCCCUAUGUAUGUGAUCAAUGUGGUAUGGCAUUUAAUCGAGCCGGUAAUCUCACAACGCAUAAACGCAUCCAUACAGGUGAGAAGCCCUAUCUUUGUGAUCAAUGUGGCAAGGCAUUUGAUCAAGCUGGUGAUCUCACAAAACAUGAACACAUCCAUACAGGUGAGAAGCCCUAUGUAUGUGAUCAAUGUGGUAAGGCAUUUAAUGAAGCUAGUAAUCACAAACAUAAACGCAUCCAUACAGGUGAGAAGCCCUAUGUAUGUGAUCAAUGUGGUAAGGCAUUUAAUCAAGCUAGUGAUCUCACAAAACAUAAACGCAUUCAUACACGUGAGAAGCCCCAUGUAUGUGUUCAAUGUGGUAAGGCAUUUAAUCAAAAAAUUCAUCUCACAAGACAUAAACGCAUCCAUACAGGUGAGAAACCCUAUGUAUGUUAUAAAUGUGGCAAGGCAUUUGAUCAAAAAAUUAACCUCACAAAACAUAAACGCAACCAUACAGGUGAGAAGCCCUAUGUAUGUGAUCAAUGUGGUAAGGCAUUUAAUCAAAAAUAUGUUCUCACAACACAUAAACGAAUUCAUACAGGUGAGAAGCCCUAUGUAUGUGAUCAAUGUGGCAAGGCAUUUGAUCAAAAAAGUAACCUCACAAAACAUAACCAAAUCCAUACAGGUGAGAAGCCCCAUGUAUGUGAUCAAUGUGGCAAGGCAUUUAAUCGAGCUGGCUAUCUCACAAAACAUAAACGCAUCCACACAGUUGAGAAGCCCUAUGUAUGUGAUCAAUGUGGUAAGGCAUUUAAUCAAGCCUGUAAUCUCACAAGACAUAAAAGCAUCCAUACAGGUGAGAACCCCUAUGUAUGUGAUCAAUGUGGUAUGGCAUUUAAUCAAGCUCGCUAUCUCACAAAACAUAAACGCAUCCAUACAGGUGAGAAGCCCUAUGUAUGUGAUCAAUGUGGUAUGGCAUUUAAUCGAGCCGGUAAUCUCACAACGCAUAAACGCAUCCAUACAGGUGAGAAGCCCUAUCUUUGUGAUCAAUGUGGCAAGGCAUUUGAUCAAAAAAGUAACCUCACAAAACAUAAACGAAUCCAUACACGUGAGAAGCCCUAUGUAUGUGAUCAAUGUGGUAAGGCAUUUAAUGAAGCUGGUGAUCUCACAAAACAUAAACGCAUCCAUACAGGUGAGAGGCCCUAUGUAUGUGAUCAAUGUGGUAAGGCAUUUAAUCAAGCUAGUGAUCUCACAACACAUAAACGCAUCCAUACAGGUGAGAAGCCCUAUGUAUGUCAUCAAUGUGGUAAGGCAUUUAAUCAAGCUAGUGAUCUCACAAAACAUAAACGCAUCCAUACAGGUGAGAAGCCCUUUGUAUGUAAUCAAUGUGGCAAGGCAUUCGAUCAAGCUGGUGAUCUCACAAAACAUGAACGCAUCCAUACAGGUGAGAAGCCCUAUGUAUGUGAUCAAUGUGGCAAGGCAUUUAAUCAAACCGGUAAUCUCACAACACAUAAACGCAUCCAUACAGGUGAGAAGCCCUAUGUAUGUGAUCAAUGUGGUAAGGCAUUUAAUCAAGCUUGUGAUCUCACAAAACAUGAACGCAUCCAUACAGGUGAGAAGCCCUAUGUAUGUGAUCAAUGUGGUAAUGCAUUUAAUCGAGCUAGUAAUCUCACAAAACAUAAGCGCAUCCAUACAGGUGAGAAGCCCUAUGUAUGUGAUCAAUGUGGUAAGGCAUUUAAUCAAAUGGGUCAUCUCACAAAACAUAAACGCAUCCACACAGGUGAGAAGCCCUAUGUAUGUCAUCAAUGUGGUAAGGCAUUUAAUCAAGCUAGUGAUCUCACAAAACAUGAACGCAUCCAUACAGGUGAGAAGCCCCAUGUAUGUGAUCAAUGUGGUAAUGCAUUUAAUCAAGCCGGUAAUCUCACAAAACAUAAACGCAUCCAUACGGGUGAGAAACCCUAUGUAUGUGAUCAAUGUGGUAAGGCAUUUAAUCAAGCUGGCUAUCUCACAAAACAUAAACGCAUCCAUACAGGUGAGAAACCCUAUGUAUGUGAUCAGUGUGGUAAGGCAUGUAAUCAAGCUAGUGAUCUCAAGAAACAUAAGUGCAUUCAUACAGGUGAGAAACCCUAUGUAUGUGGUAAGGCAUGUAAUCAAGCUAGUGAUCUCAAGAAGCAUUAACGAAUCCAUACAGAUGAGAAGCCACUUAGUUUUCUCUUGUAUCAGUUUUACCCUUGUUUUUUUCUUGUAGACGUUUUAACCUGGGUUUUCAUUUGUAGCAGUUUUACGUUUGGUUUUCUCUUGCAGCAGUUUUACGCUGGGUUUUCUCUUGUAGCAUUUUUAUGUUUGGGUUUUUAUCUUGUAGCAGUUUCAUGUUUUUUUUUUUUUCUUGUCAAUAAACGGAUAUCCAUAGUGUUUGAGGGAGAUAGUUUUGACGCUUGUUUUUUUCUUGUAGCAGUUUUACGUUUGAUUUUUCUUGUCAAUAAACAGAUAUCCAUAGUGUUUGAGGGAGAUAGUUUUGACAUUCACGUUCAAAGGUCAAUAAACAGAUAUCCAUAGCGUGUGAGGGAGAUAGUUUUGACUUUCACGUUCAAAGGUCAAUACAGAUAUCCAUAGUGUUUGAGGGAGAUAGUUUUGACUUUCACGUUCAAAGGUCAAUAAACAGAUAUCCAUAGCGUUUGAGGGAGAUAGUUUUGACAUUCACGUUCAAAGGUCAAUAAACAGAUAUCCAUAGUGUUUGAGGGAGAUAGUUUUGACUUUCACGUUCAAAGGUCAAUAAACAGAUAUCCAUAGCGUGUGAGGGAGAUAGUUUUGACUUUCACGUUCAAAGGUCAAUACAGAUCGUUUGAGGGAGAUAGUUUUGACAUUCACGUUCAAAGGUCAAUACAGAUAUCCAUAGUGUUUGAGGGAGAUAGUUUUGACUUUCACGUUCAAAGGUCAAUAAACAGAUAUCCAUAGCGUUUGAGGGAGAUAGUUUUGACAUUCACGUUCAAAGGUCAAUAAACAGAUAUCCAUAGUGUUUGAGGGAGAUAGUUUUGACUUUCACGUUAAAAGGUCAAUAAACAGAUAUCCAUAGUGUUUGAGGGAGAUAGUUUUGACUUUCACGUUCAAGGUCAAUAAAGAUAUCCAUAGUGUUUGAGAGAGUUUUAUGACAAAUAAAAUGUUUAACUCGUCGCCCAGCUGGCAGAACGAAACUACUUUUUGAAUUAUUCGCAUUUAAAGAUUUGUUUUUUAUUUGAACUGCUUUCCGUCCCCAAAAUUAGUUUAAAACUUAAAUCUUAUAGAAAUGUUAUAGUAGAACGCGGCCACGAAUUUGUGUUGGUUAUUGAAAUGUUAAAAAUUUGUGUUGGUUAUUGAAAUGUUUAACUGAUGUUUUUUAUGUGCUGUUUUUCAUAUUGAAGAUUCAUUGAAUGUUCACUAGUUGUUUUUGAAGACGACUUUCAUUAAAUUUGAUGAACAUCAAGUUAAUGUGUUUGCUAGAGUUAUGACAAAUAAAAUGUUUAACUCGUCGCCCAGCUGGCAGAACGAAACUACUUUUUGAAUUAUUCGCAUUUAAAGAUUUGUUUUUUAUUUGAACUGCUUUCCGUCCCCAAAAUUAGUUUAAAACUUAAAUCUAAUAGAAAUGUUAUAGUAGAACGCGGCCACGAAUUUGUGUUGGUUAUUGAAAUGUUAAAAAUUUGUGUUGGUUAUUGAAAUGUUUAACUUAUGUUUUUUAUGUGCUGUUUUUCAUAUUGAAGAUUCAUUGAAUGUUCACCAGUUGUUUUUGAAGACGACUUUUAUUAAAUUUGAUUAACAUCAA